ACUUUGCAGAUUUGUCAAAAAUCUGGAGAAGAGAAGGGUGUAUAGCUAUAUAGUGGUGGUUUUUAAUAUUAUUUAGUGUAUAUCUUAAUUUUAUGUUUGUUAGGAGAUAAUGAUAAUGCAAGAUGAUGUCUGAUCAAUUUAGAAAGGUGGAACCAUACUCGCCAAAGUCCUCGCCGAGGGGCGGUAGGUCGCCAGUGGUCUCUCGGCAGGACUCCUCUGGCACUCUCAAGACUACCAUUCAGCUCGGCAAAAAUCCUUCUAUCGUACAUAGCGGACCUUUUUAUUUAAUGAAAGAACCUCCUGGAGAAUGUGAACUCACUGGAGCUACAAACCUAAUGGCAUGUUAUGGUCUUGAGCAUUCAUAUAGUAAAUUUAAUGGAAAGAAGCUCAAAGAAUCUUUAUCCUCCUUUUUACCAAAUCUACCAGGCAUUGUGGAUGGGCCGGGGCAAGAAGACAACAGUACCCUGGGCUCGGUAAUAGCCAAGAGGCCUAUAGGUGGCAAGGAGCUGUUGCCGCUUACAAGUGCACAGUUGGCAGGAUUCCGCCUGCAUCCUGGGCCUCUGCCUGAACAGUACCGCUAUGUUAGCUCCACUCCACCAAAGAGGCAUAAGAGCAAACACAAGAAACAUAAACAUAAGGAUGGGGUGCCGCCUGGUCAAGAUACUCCAUUGCAAGACUCCUCCAACCCAGACACGUACGAAAAGAAGCACAAAAAGCAAAAGCGUCACGACGACGACGCCAAGGAGCGCAAAAAGAGGAAAAAGGAAAAGAAACGGAAAAAGCAGAAGCACAGCCCCGAGCAAGGCAACCUUACGCCCAACCAACAUGCCACGUAGGCGGCUCCAAGCAUAAUAUGGAAAUGUUUUUAGCUCUGAUAUUUUAUACAGUAAUUGCCAUCCCACCUAAUUUUAAAUUAGGAUUCUGAACUUAUAUGGUUACUAAAUACAUUCUGAGGGUGUAAAAUAUUGUAUAGAGCAGUGUUUUUGCUCUAAACCGUUUGUAAUGUUUUUUUUUUUCUUUUAACUUAGGCUUUACACAGAUUUAAAAAAACUGGUUUUACUACUAAGGUAUGAACAAUAUUCAUGAUCUGAAUUUAUUUAGUAAUUAUGGAGGUUCCCAAUCUUAAUUUAAGAUUGUGUGGGAUAAGCCAAAGUGGUUACAGAUACUUUAGGAACUUUAGGAAUUAGCAUCAAAAAUGUAGACGUCAAGUGCACUGACUUUUGCCCUUUGUAAAAGCCUAUAAGUGCAUACAUCCACACAUAAUUUGGUAAACAGCAAAACAGCAUUUACACCUGACAAAAAAUAGUUAUUUGUGCAACAAGAGAGAAAAGUUGGUUUUUCUUGAGAGUGUUUUUUUUUAGUCCCGAGAAAGCGAAAGAUUCUAAGUUAGAAUCUUGAGCGUAGCGAGGGACUCAAAAACACGAGAUGUAAAAUAACUUUGCUCUUGUGUUGCACACAUAGUUUUUCACCUCAGUAGUGAGAACAUAUGAAUGGUUAAAAUGUAUUUCGAAUUACACAGAAUAAUACAGAAAAAAAAAUGUUAUCAAAGUAUGAAGUGGCAGUUCAUGGCCUUCACUAAAUUAAAAAGCUACUUUGUUUCACUUCCUGGAGUGAGGAAAGUCGCACUUUCCUCACUCCAGGGAGUGACGAAAGUAGGCUUGUUCGAGCUGCUGAGGUGAAAAAUAUAUUUACAAAGGCAGAAUCUGAGAAUGAAAUUUAUAAGUAUAUAUUUAAAAAGAAACAAGGAAAAUAUGAUGCUCUUUGUCUCUAAUAAAGUAAACUGCCAAAUUUGAACAUAGUUAAAUGCAUAAUGAUGCCUUUUCAUCUGAUUGAUGCAGCUAUUUUCUUAUGAAUAAAGAAUCCCCAAAAUAUUGGUUCCGUAUAAUUUGAUGCACAAAAGAUUGUUUACCAAGCAGAGCAGGAAUUAGUAUCCUAAGCCAAUAAAAAAUUAUAAAAUAUUGUUUUUGUGUCAUGUGGAAUGUACUAAUAUAAAGUUCUUGAGUUUAUAGAUGCUUAAAUGAUAAUUUUUAAAAUGAAUUAUUUUAUACUGCUUAUAUAAACUACUUGCCACAUGAUGACUGAUGUUGCUCAGGUUUUACUAGAGAUGAACCACAGGACCCACAACACAACAUAAAUAUACUAGCCACAUUAAUAGGUAAUGUUGUAAGUAAAUACAUGUUUUACUAAAAAAAUUUUCGUAGAGCUGGCGCGAAAUGUCUAUUCAAAUCUUAAGCCAGUCCUUUUAAAGCUGUGGAGCUGUAACUAUUGGCUGGCCAAUCAUAAACCGUAUUGCAAAGAGAUAAGACAUAUUUCUGGUCACUUAAGUGCGUUUCUGUUAGUGCAUAGAAAACUAAUUGCAUCUUUUUAAACAUGUAAAAUAGGUUCAAAAUCCAAAAGCAAGUUACGCGGAGCGUUCCUGGAAAUAUGUGACGUUUUCAACUAAAAGGUACCACAUUGUCGUUUGUCGAUAAAGUUGAUUUCAAAUUAAAGCUUUAUGGUAAUAGCGUCUUUAUUGACAACCGACAAUAAGUACCCGUUUGGUUGAAAACGGCACAUAUGUAGAACAUCUGUAGUCUACGAGAUAGUCACGUUGUGAAGUGACGCAUUAUUUAUAAUUAUUGUGAGUCAGUUCGGAGCGUGUCGUAUCUUCCUCUUUUAAUACUGUUAUGAGUGUAUACAUUGUGUCACUGUAAAUAUCGAUAUCAUGCUUAGCAACUACCUACUCUAAAUGUGUUUUAAGAUUUUAUUUUGGUACACUUUUCUAAAGUACAUUUUUACUCAUAUAAUUUUUAGUUUUUUAAAUUGUGUGCUAAUACUGACACAAUCAUUACAUAGUGAAAUGUUUCUUAGUCCUUGAUUCUAAAAUCUUCUUUUCUUUAAACAUGUAAGUUCAACCACAGUAGAAAGUGAUAAUGUUUUGUGCUAGUUCUAAGUUUGUUAAUUUCAUGUUAUUUGUGCACCAUUACUCUGUAAAUAAUCAGUUUAAUUCAUCAUACUAUAAUUACUUGAAUAAAUAAAAUGGUAUUAAGAUGUUA